AUGUCUCCCAACGAAUACAAGUUCAAUAUCCAGAUGGGCUGCGGCGGCUGCUCGAGCGCCCUUGAGGAUGCUCUGAAGGAUGUUAAGGGAAUCGAGUAUUUUGACGUCAGUCUCGAGCAGAAGACUGUUUUGGUCAAUGCGCAAUCUUCGCUCUCAUAUGAAGCCGUGCUCGCCAUUCUCAAGGAGACAGGCAAGACCAUUCAGAGCGGUGAAGCAAACGGCCAAGCUCGCGAGGUCUAG